UUAAGAAAAAAAAGUCCUUUUUAGGUUUCAAGCUUCAUCGAAGUAAGUCUGCUACGUCUUCUUUCUCUGUACUUCUUUCUUCCAAAAUAAAACCCUUCCAUUGUCAUUCAUCUUGUACUCUUUGCCAUUUUCCCAGAAUUUCACUGAAAGAGGGACAGAAAGUAACAAAGAAGUCCGCCAUGGGAGUUGAAUACCUGGAAACACUGAGAAACACACAUCCUGAACUUUCAGAUCGUUUCAAUUCUUUAGCAGAUCUGUACCAGAAGAAACUGUGGCACCAACUUACAGAAAAGCUCGAGGAAUUUAUUGCUCUUGCGGUGUUUCAGGCUGGUGAUGCCCUGAUACAGUUAUAUCACAAUUUUAUCACGGAAUUUGAGACAAAGUUAAAUCUUCUUAAGGUUGCUCAUUUUGCAGUCAUAGUUUCUCGUCAAUAUGCAGAAAAAGAAGCAGCAAUAGGUUAUCUUGAGGGGGUGAUCGAAAAACUUCGUGCUACACGGGAGACUCGUGUAGAGGAGCCUGUUCUCCACAUAAAAAUGCAGAUAGCUUUGUUUAAGCUUGAGCAAGGAGAGCAAAAAGAAUGCACAAAGCUUUUGGAAGAUGGAAAAGCUAUACUUGACAGCAUGACUGAUAUUGAUCCAUCAGUGCAUGCUAGUUUUUAUUGGGUUUCAUCUCAGUAUCAUAAAGCACGCCAGGAAUUUGCAGCAUUCUACAAGAAUGCUCUACUUUAUCUCGCUUAUACCUCAGUGGACACUCUGUCUGACUCGUUCAAGCUGGAUUUGGCUUUUGAUCUUUCAUUAUCUGCGCUGUUGGGAGAGAAUAUAUACAACUUUGGGGAGCUACUUUCCCACCCAAUUUUAAAGUCUCUUCUUGGGACAAAGGUGGAGUGGCUUUACUAUAUUCUGCAAGCAUUCAACUCAGGAGACCUGAUUCGCUACCAAGAAUUGUGCAAUGUGCACAAAGAUGCUCUCAAUGCACAGCCAGCAUUAGUUGCUAAUGAAAGAAAGCUGUUGGAGAAGAUAAAUAUUCUGUGUUUAAUGGAAAUCAUCUUCAGCCGUCCUGCUGAAGACCGUACAAUUCCGUUAAAUGUCAUUGCAGAGCGGACUAGGCUUUCUAUAGAAGAUGUUGAGUAUCUCCUCAUGAAGAGCCUUUCUGUUCAUCUCAUUGAAGGAAUCAUUGAUCAAGUUGAGAGUACAGUUCAUGUAUCAUGGGUGCAACCCAGAGUUUUGGGGAUUCCACAAAUUACGUCCUUGCGUGAUCGACUGGACAAUUGGGUGGGAAAAGUACACACUGCCUUGUUAUCUGUUGAAGCUGAAACUCCAGACUUGGUUGCAUCAUGAUUCUUUAGGUUCUUGGAAAUUGGCUCAUGUAAUAGGUUUUCAGUCCUGGAAUGGAAGGGAAAAGAUGCCAUAUUUUUUGAGAAUAUGCUUCUUUUGAAUGGAUCUUUCCAAAUAUUUUGUUCAUCGAUGGUCUUAACUCAAUUUUCCUUGCUUUGAGCGGAUCUUUUCCUUGCUUCACUUGAGGGGCUAGUCUUUUUAAAUACAUUUUAUAUGCUUUUUUUAUAGUUUUUGAUUUUGAUUAAUAUAUGUAUUUAACAUUUUGAACUUUUUAGUGAACAGAAAAUGUUAUUCAUUCA